AUGGCUCCGACGACAGUGGAUAACACCACCAACAACAACAACAUGGCCGUCAAGCAGAUCGCCAAGAUGAACGAGAACAAGAACAAGGAGCACAAGCUGAUGAUCCCGGAGAUCCUGAUGCUCAUUGCCUCCUACCUCCCUCUUUUCGACGUUCGCGACAAUGGUAGAUACUACCACACUGUUGAUAUCUGGGAUCCCAAACCUCUCCUCCGAGCAGCUACCGUCUGCAAGACCUGGCACCAGGUUUUUACCUCGGUUCUAUGGCAGACGUACGACCUUGCCAUCAUGGAAAACAUUGUCCCUCUCGACGUCCUCCACAGGAACAUCCAUCUCGUCCGCAACCUCUCCCUCUUCGACAAGAAACAUAAGAAGCAUGCACCACUCUGGGACGCACUCCAGGGGCACGCGCAUAUCGAGAAGUUGGCGAUCCACGACGCCGUGUUCCCUGUCAAGAAACUCCUCGGACCCACGAACCAUAAUCUGGGAGAGCUUAAGCUCUCGGGGACGUGUGAGCGCAUGCAUCCCUUCUUGAUGAUCUUUGUUGAGAGGCAAGUCCAUCUCAAGUCCCUCGAGUUGACACGGUUCAAGUUUACGGCCUCGGACUGGAAGCGUAUCAUCUCGAAUAAGCCUCACCUCCGCAAACUCACCAUCGCCCAGCAGUGCGAGUUCCUCGACCACAAGAGCGACGAGAACCAGGACAACAUCACUGAGGCAGAGGAUCCGACUCCGGGCAUGAUGACGACAGCAACCGGUAACCACCCCUCAGUCACCAACAACGACGCUCCCAUCAGCAAUGGAGAAGCCACUAGUGGAGGAUCCAAGAAGCGCAAGAGCGACGAAAAUGGUGGAGGCAGCUCCAAGAAGCGUAGACGGGCCGAGCUCGUCAACGCCGAGCUGCCUGACGCCAGGAACAUUGGCACUCUCUCGGUCACCCACCUUGUUCUCCAAGACAACCUCCUGUUACUCCCCUUCCAGAAGGCCAUCCUCGAGGCCUGUCCACACCUGGAGCAACUCGAGAUCUGCUACUCGAAGAAGGCAGACGGUGGCAAAGUCGCUACACUGGUCAGAGAUAACUGCCGCAAACUCCGUCGACUCACGCUGGAAAGCACUCGACAGCCAUGGACUCUGGAGAUGAUUGACGGGAUGCCGCACACGGUCGAGGAGCUAACUCUCCACACUGGUCAGCUGGACCUCCAGAUGGCAGCUGCAAUCAACGCACACGCCGAUAAACUGACGAGACUGGAGCUCGAUUUUGGACGAAGGGGAACCAAGGGCAAGCGUAGGUUGACAUGUAUCCUGUCGAUCCUUCGAAAGUGUACUGAGCUCAGAGAGUUCUCGUACCACAACCAUGCAACAGACAAAGUCUUCAAGGGGAUGAUGCUCAAUAAGCCCUGGAACUUGCCCAACCUGCGCAAGCUACAUGUCCGCGGUGUCUCCCCUCGAACCCGGUACAAUGGCCUCCCACAAGUUCCCGUUCCUAGCAGCUGGAGACAGGAGAUCCAAUUCCGAAACGACGACUGCUGCAACACCCGGUGUGUGGAGGAUGUCCCCAAGCAGGGCGACACGCCACUCUCCCCUCACUUCGACGUCGCCCUGCUGAAUCACAUCAAGGACCUCCCCAAUCUCUCGGAGGUCAUUAUUACCGAGGCGAAAUAUCGCAAGAGGCUCGGUUAG